AAUACCGGAUUGCCCAUGUAUAUAUACCCCUAUAUCGACUCUCUGUUCUCCCUCACUCCCGCUCCAACCACCCUCCUAUAAACCCUAGACUCCGCUGAUCCAACGACUCUCAGUGUUGGACCUCUUCACCUCUCUCGUGCCCCGCCUUUCCAGCCGAUCAAAUGGAGGUAGAUGGUAUCAAGAAUGAGGAAGAGGAAUUUAACAACGGACCACUUUCUGUUCUUCUGAUGAGUGUAAAGAAUAAUACUCAGGUCCUCAUCAACUGUCGUAAUAACAGGAAGCUCCUUGGCCGUGUGAGAGCGUUUGAUAGACAUUGCAACAUGGUGCUUGAAAACGUUAGAGAGAUGUGGACCGAGGUACCGAAGACUGGAAAAGGCAAGAAGAAGGCCCAACCUGUCAACAAAGAUAGAUUCAUCAGUAAGAUGUUCCUCCGCGGGGAUUCUGUCAUUAUUGUCCUUAGGAAUCCAAAAUGACAUGUAUUGUAAUUGAUCUUUUAAUGAUUUUUGUGGAAAUAGAUUCGGUACCGAAAAUUGUAGUACCGAGGUUGGAAACUAACUGCCUUUUAGACCGACUUCCUGUGGUAUAGUGUUCUUGUAAAUCAACCUCGAUCCAGCAUUCCCCUCUUGAAAGAUUCAGUGUGAAUUGCAAUGUAUUAAUGUCAAUGUUUUG